AAAUAUGUCGAUGCUCUAGAAACGAUAUCGUUUUAUUUUCCUUAUUUUACACAGUAUUUAACACCUGUCGAUAACAUUGACGCUUUAUACGACUACAUUAACUUGACUGCGAUGUCGAAUCUAUAAAAUGGCUAUAAUUAUUAAAUAAAUCAACAGCUACGCGAAAGCUGUGGCAUUUUAACUUAAUUUGUAAAUAUUUUUACCAAAGUAACAAAAUGAACAACAAGAUAAGAUAUAUAAUUAAUAUAGCUAUUAUUUCACUUUUUAUUGAUCUUGUGAAUACAGAAAAUUACGAUGAAAAUCCAGCAGAAGAUUAUGAAGAAACCGAUUCAAUUGAUUCAGAAAGCAAUGAAGUUUAUAAUGUAAGCUUAAAAGAAAAACCAAGUCGAGAAAGGAAUGCAGAACUGAAAAGCAGAUUUGUUGAUGGUAACGCAACGAUUGAUAUAUUUCCGCAUAAAGGAUCUAACUCUGAAACCUCUAAGUUGGCGACGCUUAUUGAUGAUUCAAAAUGCAAAUCAACACGACUUUCUGAUUAUCCUUAUUCAGUCUCUAUCCAGAAAAAGGGUGCACAUUAUGCUUCUGGUGCUCUGAUACAUAAGAAAUGGAUAUUGACUGUUGCUAGCGAGUUUUUCAACAUAAGAGAAACUAUCAAGCUUUUUAAGGCUCGGCUAGGAUCAGUGAACUGCAAGAAAGGUGGAGCCUUAGUCUCUUUGAAAGGAAUUGAAGUUCAUCCAUCAUACGUCUACAAGAAGCCCAGUUUUGAUUUGUCGAUGCUUAGAAUUGGACAGCUUGUACAGUGCUCAGAAAAUAUUAGACCAAUAAGUUUGUCGGUUAUAAAACAGUCGAUUGUCAGUGCGAAGUUUAUGGCGACCUAUUGGUCGAGAUUAAUUAUCAAUGGCAAAGUCCUAUCUAAAGCAGCAAAAGAGCGUAUGAAACAGUACAGCAUGCGAGUGUCCACCCAGAAAAUGAUACCUUGGGAUAAAUGUUAUAAUGUUAUGCAAACAUAUAAUUAUUCACUGGAUGUAUCAAGUCUUUGUUUGGAGCCCAUCAUGUCUCAUCAUAGUCCGUGCAUGCCCGACGUUGGAGCUCCUAUUAUCGCUGAUGAUGGUCUUUGGGGAAUCACUUCGGGAUGGAUUUCAGAUGACUGUUCGACAUAUUAUCCCAGUCCGACUAUUGCCACAAGAAUCUCUUUAGAGCCUAUAUCGACCUGGUUAGACGCAUUAUUAGAUGAAGACUGAUGAUGAUCAUUGACAAAUACUUAUUACUAAUUUGUUAAGCCAUAGUUCUAUGGUUUACCAACAUGACGCGUUAGUAAGAGUCUGCUUCAUAAAUUAAUUUGUUAUAUUUUGGAAAGAUACAUUAGUUACCAUGGAUUCUAUUAUUUUUUAUAUUUAAAAUAUUAGUUUAAGGGUGCUAUUGUUUUUUAUAUUUCUAAUAAAAUUAAUUGCUAUUAUUAUCUUCGAUACUUUAAUUGCGUUAAGAAUUUGAAAUGGAACUUGAAAAAUAUAAUAUACUGAGGUAGAUGAACGCAACACGCUGUACAUACAAUGAUUCCAAAGACCUUAUCAAUAAUAAAUAAAACCUACCAGUUACCACCGUAAUGUAAAUUGAGCAAUAAGGAUUACUUAUAGGAAGCAAGUGCGUGUUUAUUAAUAAGUACUCUCACCUAUUAAUACUUACUCUUAUUGUUGUUUAUUGGUAGAAGUGACAGUGAAAAUGCAAAAAAAGAAGAAUUUUACCUAUUUUACGAGAUAAUACUUAUAUAUUUUAAUUUGGCAACAAGCCAGAUUGCGCAAAAAAAUUGUAAUUGCAUCACUUAUUCAGCCAAAAUUUAAUAGCAAACGUUUCAAAUAAUAUUAUUAUCUUAUCUUCAAAAUAUA